CCCGCCCACCCCGCGCUCGGGCACUGCGGUGGAGCCGCAGCUGCUGCUGCAUCUCUGAAGCGCCUCGGCGCGGUGGGCGCAACCAUUUCGGCGCGGGGGGAGUAGGGGCGGAGACCAUUUCCCCGAUCGUCCUUCAGCAGGGGGCUUGUGCUGGCCAGGCGCUUCGGCAGGGGACUGCGUGAGGAGGAGAAGGGGGGAGCUGGGCCGCCAGUCUCCUCGGAGGGCUGCUGGGCUGGGCAUCCCGGCCAAUCCUCCCCGACCCCAAGCCUGCACUGGUACGCUCCGGCCCCGGCGGCGGCGGCAGCAGCAGCAGCAGCGGCGGCGGGGAUGCGGUGAGCGGGGCGAGCCGCCCAGCUGAGCCGGAGCCCCCGCCUGCUGCAGCCGCAGCCAGAGGAGGAGAGCCCGGGGCGCAGCGGGCCCCCACGCGGGCCCCCGCCGGCGCAGCCCCCGCCCGGCAGCUGAGCAGGCCGGCAGCAGAGGGUGCCGCUCGGGCCGCGGGCCGGCCGGCGCCAUGGCGAAGCGCGAGUCCAGCUCCAGCCCGGUGGUGCGGCAGAUCGACAAGCAGUUCCUCGUGUGCAGCAUCUGCCUGGACCGCUACCACAACCCCAAGGUGCUGCCCUGCCUGCACACCUUCUGCGAGAGGUGUCUCCAGAACUAUAUCCCGCCCCAGAGCCUGACCCUGUCCUGCCCCGUCUGCCGCCAGACCUCCAUCCUGCCCGAGAAGGGGGUGGCCGCCCUGCAGAACAACUUUUUCAUCACCAACCUCAUGGAAGUGCUCCAGCGCCAGCCCGACAGCGCCAGCCACGAGGACGCCGCUGCCGCCAUGCUGGACUCGGCCAGCGCCGUGCCUGGACAGCCGCUCUCCUGCCCCAACCACGAGGGGAAGAUGAUGGAGUACUACUGUGAGUCCUGCGAGACGGCCAUGUGCCACGAGUGCACGGCAGCCGAGCACCGGGAGCACGUGACGGUGCCCUUGCGCGACGUGGUGGAGCAGCACAAGGCCUCCCUGCGGCAGCAGCUGGAAGCCAUCAAGAGCCGGCUGCCCCAGCUGGCCGCCGCCAUCGGCCUGGUGUCUGACAUCAGCCUGCAGCUGGCCGAGCGCAAGAACGAGGCCGUGGCCGAGAUCGGGAGCACCUUUGCGGAGCUGGAGAAGGCCCUGCACCAGCGCAAGGGGCUGCUCGUCCGCGACCUGGAGGCCCUCUGUGGAGCCAAGCAGAAGGUGCUGCAAGCCCAGCUGGACACGCUCCGCCAAGGCCAGGAGAACAUCCUGAGCAGCUGCAGCUUCACGGAGCAGGCGCUGGACCACGGCUCGGAGACGGAGGUGCUGCUCGUCAAGAAGCAGAUGAGCGAGCGGCUGAGCGAGCUGGCCGGCCGGGAGUUCCCCGAGAAGCCCCACGAGAAUGCCCAGGUGGACUGCGUGGUGGAGACGGAGGGCGUGCGCAAGUCCAUCCUCAACCUGGGCGUGCUGCUCACCACCAGCGCCAUUGCCCACAAGACGGUGGCCACGGGGGAGGGGCUGCGCCACGCGGUGGUGGGCCAGGCCGCCUCGCUCACCAUCACCACCAAGGACAAGGACGGCGAGCUGGUGCGCAGCGGCAGCGCCUGCCUGCAGGCCGAGGUGACGGCCCCCGAUGGCUCCGCCAUGGACCACGAGGUGCUGGACAACAAGAACGGCACCUACGAACUGCUGUACACGCCGCGCCACGAGGGCGACCACCUGCUCUCCAUCCGCCUCUACGGGCAGCCCAUCCGGGCCAGCCCCUUCCGAGUCAAGGCGGUCAAGGCCUCCGACGUGCCGCCUUCCCCGGACGACGUCAAGCGCCGCGUCAAGUCCCCCAGCAGCGGCCACAUCCGCCAGAAGGCCGUGCGCCGUCCCUCCAGUAUGUACGGCAGUGGCAAGAAGAAAGAGAACCCCAUCGAGGACGAGCUGAUCUUCCGCGUCGGAAGCCGGGGCCGGGAAAAGGGUGAAUUCACCAACCUGCAGGGCAUCUCCACGUCCAGCAGCGGGCGCAUUGUGGUGGCCGACAGCAACAACCAGUGCGUGCAGGUCUUUUCCAACGAGGGCCAGUUCCGCCUGCGCUUCGGGGUGCGCGGUCGCUCCCCAGGGCAGCUGCAGCGCCCCACAGGGGUCACCGUGGACCUCAAUGGGGACAUCAUCAUUGCCGACUACGACAAUCGCUGGGUCAGCAUCUUCUCCCCGGAGGGCAAGUUCAAGACCAAGAUCGGGGCGGGCCGCUUGAUGGGCCCCAAGGGCGUGGCUGUGGACCGCAACGGGCACAUCAUUGUGGUGGACAACAAGGCCUGCUGCGUCUUCAUCUUCCAGUCCAACGGGAAGCUCGUGGCCAAGUUUGGCAGCCGCGGCACCUCGGAGCGCCAGUUUGCAGGUACCCUCGAUGGGCCUCACUUUGUGGCCGUCAACAAUAAGAACGAGAUUGUGGUGACGGACUUCCACAACCACUCCGUGAAGGUAUACAGCGCGGACGGAGAAUUUCUCUUCAAGUUCGGCUCCCACGGGGAAGGCAACGGGCAGUUCAAUGCCCCCACAGGGGUGGCCGUGGACUCCAACGGGAACAUCAUUGUGGCAGACUGGGGCAACAGCCGGAUCCAGGUUUUUGACAGCUCGGGCUCCUUCCUGUCCUAUAUCAACACCACCGCAGACCCGCUCUACGGGCCCCAGGGCUUGGCCCUCACCUCGGACGGACACGUGGUGGUGGCGGAUUCCGGCAACCACUGCUUCAAGGCCUACCGCUACCUGCAGUAACCGGGGCGGGGGGAGCCGCCUGCCGGCCUUAAAGACGAUGGGGGGCGGGGCUCCUGCUGCUGCCGCCGCCGCCACCUCCUCCUCCCAGGUCCGGGGGGGGGGGGGCCCUCUGGCAGCUGAGUGUGAUGGUGCCAACUGCUACCCAGGCAGCGACAGGUUCUGAGUCCGAGAUGCUUCCUGGGGAUGGGGAGGGGGGGAGGGAGCGUGGCCGGCUUGGUGCUUCCAGGGCUGCUUUAACCCUGGGGCCUCCUCUGAGGGCGGGGGGGGGGGGUUUUCUCCCAGGAGUGCCCCCCCAGAUCUUGCUUCUUGCCUGCUUGGAGGUCCUUCCUGCCCCCAAUUGCGGGGGGCCAGGGAGCUGUUCCCUUGCCUCACCCCUUCCGCCCCCUCUGCCCUCUCGCUUCCCCCCCUCACCUGGGUCUUCUCUGCACUUUAUCUCUGUUCUGGCAGGGGUGGGGGGUGGGAUGCCUGACCCCCCCCCACCGGUCCCUGGAGUUGGGCUGGUGGGGAGAUUGGAGCCGCUAGCCCAGUCGGGGAGGGUGGGGGUGGGCUCUCCUCCUCCUCUGCCUGGGAUUGGGACCCUUCUCUGGCUGGGCACCAGGAGCUCUGCGCCUUCAGCGGAUGAUGCGUGGACGGGGGGGGGGAAAGGCAUGGGGGGUGGGGGGAAGGCAUGGGGGGUGGGGGGCAGCAGCAGCAGCAGCGCCUUCCUGGUUCUGACAGGAGUUGACUUCACACCAGAGUGUGUGUGUGUGUGUGAGUGUGUGUGAGAGAGAGCGAGUGCUCCUGUGCCUCCCCCUCCCCCUCCCCCUGAGAAGCUAUGCUGGGUGUGGGGGGGGCAGGGGAGGGGAGCCCCCGUCCCACACUGGCUGCUCUUCUUGGCACCUUUUGAUUGUGUGAGCGGUGGGGGGUGGGGGGGUGAGUGGUCUUCCCCUUGCCCUGCCACGUGGGGUGGGCAGUUCCGCUUUUGCCCUGGCUCUCCUCUGGGCUGGCACCUGGCGGUUUGGGUGGUGCUGGUGCCCCCCCUCCUCUCUCCCGGGGGGGGGUCAAGGUGAUGCCUUGGCUGCGUCAUAACCUGCUGGGGCCAGACCUCUUGCAGUCCUGAGCCGCGGUGAGGGGCUGAUUGCGGGGGGGGUCUGCGGUGUGUGCUCUGCCAGCUCGGUGUUUUCCUCCUGGGACCCCCAGCCCAGCCCGGCUCCCUCCCUCCCUCCCUCCCUCCACUCUGGCCACAGCCACCCCAGGCCACCAAGGGCCUGACCCCCUCCCCACCACAGUGGCUUCCAGCCUGCCACUCCCCCCCCCCCGCCGCCACCUCCUGGACACAUUCCUGGCUGGCUGGCUGGGCUGGGGGAGGCAGCCACGUGCUCAUAAAAUGUAUGUACAAAUAAAUAAAUGGAUGAAUAAAUAAAAUAAAGAUGUAUUCUGAAA